AUGUUCGUGAUUCAUUUAUAUGUAAGUGCAUGUGAACGCAUAUGUGUAGAGUUCAAAGGCAUUAUAUAUCCAAAUUCGCACUUGAUCUCCUUAAAGGACGCAGAGAUGGAGACUGGAAAGUCAUGUAAUCACUCGAUUAGGGUUUUGGAGAGGAAGGGGAAGAACGCAUGCUCCUAUUGCAGAUCAAUUCAGAAAGCUGAUGACUUCUCCUUCAAAAUUGCCGAAAGUGCGAUAGAUCGCACAACCAACAAACCAAUCCAUCCAACAGAACCUUUUCUAUCGGCUGGGCGGCAUCACGUACGCAACCAGGCAAUCUCCGGCGAAAGCCAUUCCCCCCUUCCGAUUGAAAAUUCCGAUGACUAUAUCGGACAAGGAAGACGAAAUCCUGGCCCAGCUCAUGAAUAUAAAGUCAUUGUCUCUGUCCAGGAUGCGGAGGCAGUGAUGAAGAGAGAGGAAGGAACCUACUUACAACUUAUGGGAAUCUGCGUGGAAGAAGCUCUACAUUCAGCACUCGCUUACUUGCUAGGAUAUAAUUGCAACGACGAGGAGGAGCUGGAAGCUGCUUUGAGGAUUUGCCGUUCCAAAUCCUCCAUUUGGUCAUUUCAUCAUUUGGUUAUCCAUUUGGACAUUUGGUCGCAAUGUUUCUUCUUGCCCCACACUUUCUGUGAUUUUGCUGUAUAGUUUUUUUAUUUUUCAUUUGGGUUUUUGCUGUAUGGUUCACAAUCACAGAGAAAUCAUACAAGGACGACUUACCCAGUGAAUUUUCUGCAGAUAGGAGUCUUGCAAGGCUUGGCAUGAGUUAAUAUGAAUUAAAGGGAAGGGAAUGGGGAGGUUUGAACUCGAGAUCUCUAUGAAAUAUCAUAUACACGAGUGUCUUUUGAGUUAUU